UAAAUUUACAAAUAUCAGACAUCUUGCUAAAGGAGGCUUUGGCACCGUUUUUAAGGCAGUAUGGAUUGACGGAUAUAUCACAGGAGUUGAUUAUUCGGUGAAUAAAUGGAAUAGAAAGGGACAAACAAACGUUUGUUUAAAAAGUCUUGAUAAUUCUAAAGAUAUAAAACGAGAAUUCUUAGAAGAAGUUAAAAAUCAACAUAAACAUGGAAACAAUUCAGCAAUUGCAAUUUAUGGAAUAACUGAAAAACCUAAAGGAUG